AUGACAGUUGAGCGACCGUGCUACCAGACCAGAUCCAUACGUUGGAAUCUAACUGCAAGUGGACCAAGGCCAAAUCCUCAAGGUUCUUAUCAUUAUGGGUUGAUCAAGCCUUCGCGUACAAUCAUUCUUGCCAACUCUGCCCCAUAUAUAAACGGCAAACAGAGAUAUGCUAUCAACGGUGUCUCGUAUGUUGAUCCGGACACACCAUUAAAGCUGGCUGAUUACUUCAAAAUUGGAGGAGUCCUUAACCUUGGUGGCAUCUCUGACCAGCCUUACAAUGGAAAUGGUUAUCUUGGAACCCCUGUUAUGGCUGCUAACUUCAGAUCUUACGUUGAGAUCGUUUUCCAAAUUGGGAGAACUCUAUCCAGUCAUGGCACAUUAAUGGCUAUUCUUUAUUUGUUGUCGGUUUACCCCAAGUCAUGGACUGCAAUAUACAUGGCAUUGGAUAAUGUAGGAAUGUGGAACAUAAGGUCUGAGGAUUGGUCAAGGAGGUAUUUGGGACAGUAA